AUAUACUAUAGGAUUAAGAUAAAUUAAUGAAUACCCUCUUCACUGAAUAUUGGAUGUUGACUUGGAGUUCCUCUGCCUUUGCCUGAGAAACAAAUCCACUCACAGUUAACGUUAUGGAAAAACAAAUAACAUCUUUGUCUUUGAGACAUUCUUUCUUAGUAACUUUGAUAUUUCUGAAGUUUGCUGUGGGAGUGCUAAGUGCUGAUCGCUAUAGCAGAGAUGAUUUCCCACGCGAUUUUGUUUUCGGUUCAGGCACUUCUGCUUAUCAGGUGGAGGGAGCUGCAAACGAAGAUGGAAGAACUGCUAGCAUCUGGGAUACCUAUGCCCACGCUGGGUUUGCAUUUGGAGAUAAUGGAGAUGUAGCCUGUGAUGAGUACCACAAAUAUAAGGAAGAUGUGCAGUUAAUGGUGGAAACAGGGCUUGAAGGCUAUAGAUUUUCCAUUUCAUGGUCAAGACUUUUACCAAAUGGAAGAGGACCUGUUAAUCCCAAAGCAGUAGAGUACUACAACAAUCUCAUCAAUGAACUCGUCAGCAAUGGAAUACAACCACAUAUCACACUUCACAACUUCGAUCUCCCUCAGGUACUUGAAGAUGAAUAUGAAGGGUGGGUUAAUCGUCAAAUCAUAAGAGACUUCACAUAUUAUGCGGAUGUGUGUUUUAGAGAGUUUGGUGACAGAGUCAUGUAUUGGAUUACUGUGAACGAACCCAAUGUUUUCUCACUUGGUGGUUAUGAUCAGGGAGGUACCCCACCCCAACGAUGUUCUCCCCCAUUUUGUGUGAUUGAGAGCAAAAGGGGAAACUCAACAUAUGAGCCCUACUUGGCAGUUCAUAAUAUUUUGUUAGCGCAUUCUUCAGCUGUGAGAUUAUACAGGAGAAAGUACAAGGACAAACAACAUGGAUUUGUUGGUAUCACUAUCUACUCAUAUGGGAUUGUUCCUCUAACUAAUACAGAAAAAGACAGGGUAGCAUGUCAAAGAGUGCGUGAUUUUCAGGUUGGUUGGAUUAUGGAACCCUUUCUGCAUGGAGACUAUCCCAUUUCCAUGAAGACAAAUGCAGGUGCAAGAAUUCCAGCCUUCACAAAUCAUGAGUCCGAACUAGUUAAGGGUUCAUUUGACUUCAUAGGCUUAAUUCACUACGCCACUGCCAAUGUCACAGACAAUUCUGAAUCCCUGAACAUCAAACUGAGAGAUUAUACCGGAGACAUGGCCGCAACAAUAGUCUUUGAAAAGGAUCUGUUUUCAAAUGAAGAGUAUGCCGUGGCACCAUGGGGUUUGCGGGACGAACUCGAUAAAUUUAAGCUCCUCUAUGGCAAUCCUCCUAUAUUCAUUUAUGAAAAUGGACAACGGACAAGAAGAAAUUCGUCACUGCAAGACGUGUCAAGGGUGAAGUACUUACAUGCAUACAUUGGUGCCGUACUUGAUGCUUUGAGAAAUGGAUCAGACAUAAAGGGGUAUUUUGCGUGGUCUUUUCUGGAUUUGUUCGAGUUGCUGGGUGGAUACAGUUCGAGCUAUGGCCUAUAUUAUGUUGAUAGGGAUGAUCCAGAAUUGAAGAGAUACCCAAAGCUCUCUGCGAAAUGGUACAGACAAUUUUUGAUGGGUAAAAACACCUCUAUAGUUGGAAGUAUUGAACUUGUGAAGGAUCCAUCACUUGUUUCUGUUGACCACUUAUUUGAGUAGGUUCUGUAAAUUUGUUUGCAUUUGAGCAUCAUUGCGUAGUGAUGUUCUUGAAAGAAUAGUGUGAAGUGGCAGAUAAUAUGGUUAAGAAAAAGGAAAUUUCAAAUAAUAGUUUUAGACAGUGUUUGGGACACUUGAAAUCAAAAAACAGAUAUCUCAUAAUAUUAUAUUUUUAUUUUCCACCUUUUUUUUCC